UAAGGUAAAGAUGAAUCAUUUUACUUGUUACGGAUCUAAAUACGAUAUAUAAUAUAUUGCUUUAUUAUUCAAUAUCGAAAUACUUUUGACUUCGUGCAAAUAUAUUGCUAAGUUUGAAAUAUUGGCAAUCCUGAUGAUGAAUGAAUCAUCAUAUAGUUGAUAGCAGUUAACUAACAGAUGUGUAAAUCCGUUACAAUAACAAAUAAACAUGAGCCUGCACUGGACUUUAAUUGCUGGAUUUCUUUAUUUUGAAAUUGUAGUAGUUUUAUUAUUAGUAUUACCAAUUAUUUCACCUAAAAGAUGGCAAAAGCUUUUUAAAUCUAAAUUUCUAAAAAGUUUAAGUAGUCAAGCAUCAGUUUACUUCUUAUUUUUACUUGGAAUAUUGGUUUUGUUUCUAUUGGACGCUAUUAGAGAAAUGCGAAAAUAUUCUACAGUUACCGAACAUAAAGAAUAUCAUUUGAAUGCUGAAAUGCAAGGCAAUAUGAGAUUAUUCAGAGCGGAACGAAACUUUUACAUAGCUGGUUUCGCGCUGUUUUUAAGUCUUGUUAUACAUCGACUUGUGAUUUUAAUCUCUACUCAAGCCACUCUGUUGGCACAAAAUGAAGCAGCUAUGCGUCAGGCUGAAUCUGCUACUACAACAGCGAAACAUUUAUUGUCGCAAAAAACAAUCGGAGAGAUUGCACAAAAUGACUCAAACGAAGCUCACGACGAAGAAAUAACAGAAUGGAAGAAUCAAGUUAAGGAGCUGCAAACGAAAAAUCAAGAAUUGGAACAUCAGCUUACAAAAGAAAAGAAAGAUAAAGAAGCUAUAAAAUCACAAGCUGAAUCUCUUACCAAGGAGUAUGACCGCUUAAACGACGAACAUAGCAAAUGCCUUUGUUCAAGCGGUAAUAAGAAAAGUGAUUAAACGAUAGUUUUGUUACA